AUGGCCCUUUCUUCUUUUCGCGAUGCCUGCCCUACUGUGAAGAACAUUCUUUUACUGGAUUCGGAAGGGAAGCGCGUGGCUGUCAAGUACUAUUCAGAUGACUGGCCGACCAAUAACUCCAAGCUAGCCUUUGAGAAAGCUCUGUUUACCAAAACAAUGAAGACUAAUGCCCGGACAGAAGCGGAGAUUACCAUGUUUGACAACUACAUCAUCGUGUACAAGUUCAUUCAGGAUCUCCACUUCUUUGUCACCGGAGGGGAUGAUGAAAAUGAACUUAUAUUGUCUGCAGUGCUCCAAGGUUUCUUUGAUUCUGUUGCUCUUCUCCUGAGGAACAACGUUGACAAGAGAGAGGCACUUGAGAACUUGGAUCUCAUCUUCUUAUGCCUUGACGAGAUUGUUGAAAGAGGGAUGAUAUUGGAGACUGAUGCCAAUGUCAUUGCCGGAAAGGUGGCCGUCAAUAGCAUGGAUCCUGCUGCACCAUUGUCUGAGCAGACGAUCUCUCAAGCAUUGGCUACAGCGCGGGAGCAUUUAACGAGAACCCUCUUCCAGUGA